UCGGGCUGCGCAGUCUGGCGGAGGUCGCUGAACCGGGCACGCCGCCGGGAGCGUUAGCCCGUGGCCUUCCUGCAGCUGCGGCUCCGCCCGCUCCCCCGGCGUCCCCUCUCGGCCCACGCCUUUGACUGUGGCGGGCUGCUGGCUUCGCGUCCCGCCUGUGCGCCCGGAGGACAUGCAGAAGAGAGGAUGAGCCAGAGGGACACGCUGGUGCAUCUGUUUGCUGGGGGAUGUGGUGGUACAGUGGGAGCUAUUCUGACAUGUCCACUGGAAGUUGUCAAAACACGGUUACAGUCAUCUUCUAUGACACUUUAUGUCUCUGAAGUUCAGCUGAACACCAUGGCUGGAGCCAGUGUCAACCGAGUAAUGUCCCCUGGACCUCUGCAUUGCCUAAAAGUUAUCCUGGAAAAAGAGGGUCCUCGCUCAUUGUUUAGAGGAUUAGGCCCCAAUUUAGUGGGAGUGGCCCCCUCCAGAGCAAUAUACUUUGCUGCUUAUUCAAACUGCAAGGAAAAGUUGAAUGGUGUUUUUGAUCCUGAUUCCACCCAAGUACACAUGAUUUCAGCUGCAAUGGCAGGUUUUACUGCAAUCACUGCAACAAACCCCAUUUGGCUUAUAAAGACCCGGUUACAGCUUGAUGCAAGGAAUCGUGGGGAAAAGCAAAUGGGUGCUUUUGAAUGUAUUCGUAGAGUGUAUCAGACAGAUGGACUAAGAGGAUUUUAUAGGGGCAUGUCUGCCUCCUAUGCCGGCAUAUCAGAGACAGUUAUCCAUUUUGUUAUUUAUGAAAGUAUAAAGCAAAAGCUACUAGAAUGUAAGACUGCCUCUAUGAUGGAAAGUGAUGAAGAGUCUGUGAAAGAAGCCUCAGAUUUCGUGAGAAUGAUGCUAGCUGCUGCCACCUCAAAAACCUGUGCCACAACCAUAGCAUACCCGCAUGAAGUUGUAAGAACAAGACUACGUGAAGAAGGAACAAAAUACAGAUCUUUUUUUCAGACACUGUCUCUGAUUGUUAAAGAAGAAGGUUAUGGGUCUCUUUACCGUGGUCUAACAACUCAUCUGGUGAGACAGAUUCCAAAUACAGCCAUUAUGAUGGCCACCUAUGAAUUGGUGGUCUACCUACUCAACGGAUAGCAGCCUGGGCUGCCACGCUACAGAGCGGAAGACCAAAAGAUCACGGUGGACCAUGGAACCUUGAAGCCAGCCUGGUGGACAGAAGACAGUAGUUUGGAAACAUAUAACUGCUCUAUGCCUGAGUUGGAAGUUUGGUUGUAGGAAGUAAAGUGCCACACUACAUUAGGCUUUUGGUAAAGAAACCCUGGGCCACCUCUAAGAGAAUGCUUUGAAAAGUAUUGCUUUCUCAAAAUUGCCAUUUUCUCUACCAUUGUUCACCAGCUAUGUAUUUUUUUUGUUUUGUUUUGUUUUUGGGUUUUUGGAUGUUCAGAAUAUAGUGUUAUUUCCAUGAGCAUUCUUUCAGUCUUAAAAAGUCAUCUCCAAGUAGUUAUCCAAAGAUAGUACUGACCAUUACAAAUAUCUAAUUUGAUAUCUUCUGCAAUACUGUAAAAUAAUGGUAGGUAGAUCCUUAAUACCAUUUCCCUGAGAGGGUCCUGCCUGGUUUUAAGUUAUUUGGCCUCAGUAGUCACUGUAUUUUGACAACCAGUGAAAUAGUACCUAAAUAUCAUAUGCAUUUGCAGCGUUAAAAUGUUUUGGUGACAGCUAACAUUUAUUAUAAUGUGGGCUUCAAAUUAAUAUUAAAUGCAUGUGGUUAGUGUUGGUACAAUAAAAUAAGCUAGUGAAUACUGACUCAGUGACUUAGAAUAUAUCACCAUGGUUUCUCCAAUUGCACAACGCAUGGAUAGAUCUGUAAUGUGUUAUCACAUUCUCGUACCCACAUGUUAUUUACUUUAAAAGGAGAAAAGUUAACAUUUGAGUCUAUUUUACUUAUUUUCCACAUUAAGAAUUUUAGCCUUUAAAUUACUUCCUUGUCAGUAUAGAUUAUUCUUGGUUGGUAGAGAAAAUGGUAAUUUUUCACUUUUGCCCUUUAUAGGUCUCUUGAAGUGAUACAAAUAUUUAGGACAACAUGAACGUUACAAAAAGAGGUCCUCAGCUGUGUGAUACAGCAAGUUUUAGUUGGCAAAGAGUCUGUCAAUGAGUGUGCUGCAUUGGACAAAUUUUAUUCUGUCCUAGAUCCUGAAUGCUUUAUCAUAAAGUCAGGCUAAUUUUAGUUCUGUGUGUUAACAGGAUAUAGUUUUUAAAUUUUGCUAUUGAGUCAGAGACACCUUUUAAUAAUACUUUAGUUGUAUUAUAUAUGGCCAUUAUAAAGGUGUUUGCUGUAAUACUAUAGGUUUUCCAAUGGAUGUUGCUAUACUGGUAUAUAAAACUUCUACAGUUAAACUCCACUGUGGUACUCAUCAGUGUACCCUAACCUUACAUUUUGUGCAAUGGGCUUUCUCUUCAGAAUGGCUAUGUGAAUGCACUUUGUGGCCUUUUAAGGGGAUAGACUUAGGAGAGAACUCAUGGUUUUUUUGUUUUGUUUUUAACAUUGUUAUGUAUUAGGCAGAAGCAGUAUUCAUAACAUUAUUCUGGAUUUUUAGAUGUUUGGAGAUCUUACAGUAUUUUAAGUGUGCUGUGUACUGUGUAAUGUCACAAUACUUUGAAAAGGCUACAUGCCAUUGGAAGCUUUCUCUGCUGUCACCAAGUGAAGCUUAAUGCCCUCUUAAAUUUCUCACCUUCCUUGUAAUCAAUAACUGGAUGUUCUUGAGGUGCUCAAUUGGAAUUAAAAUAUUCCAAUCUCUUUGGAGACCAAAGGCAAGUUCAGUUUGUUACCUUUGGAAUUGCAGCUUUGGCAUUUAUUGCAUUGCAUGGAACAUACCAAAAAUAAAUCCUCACCUAAGGGUUUAUCUUCAAUCUGUAGAGAAGGUCUCAGGCUAUAGUGUUUGCCUCUUCAGGUGCCAUUGAUACUGCCUAAUACAGUGCCACUUGCUCUGUGAAGAUCCAUACUCUUAGUUGUGUUGAAUGUAGGACAUGUUCUCCUGUGUUACACAGCUCUCAAAUGAUGAAGAAUGACAAGAAAACCAGCAUCUAAGGAACAGCUUGUGUAGUUGUAGCAAAUCCAUAAUAAGUGUCCUUCAAGGAUGAACAUGUAUUAUUCUUUAUUUUGCUAGUAAAAUUUAACAUUAACCUCAGUGUGUUGUACUCAGCUUUUAUAGUGUCUGUAUGUGUUCUGCAGGAAAAGGGUUUAAAGUCUUAAUAUUGACUCUGAAAGCAGGGUUGGAAAGGAGCAAUGGAAUCUGUUUUUGUUUUUCCCAAGUACAGUCUGCCAUAGUUUACUUUAUUGACAGAUAAUUCCAAAAAAGAAAAUCAUAUAUGUGUUAUAUAUAAUUUGUCUCUGAAGUAUUUCAUUGAAGAUUAUCUUAAUUGUAAUGUCUAAAAAGCUGUGUAUACUCUGAACAUUGGGUUUUUAAAAACUGUUUUCAAUCUAAUAAUUGUUUUAAAUGUCUUAGAGAGCUGUGUGGACCUUGUUGUAUACUUUUGUUGUGGUCUUUUCAGAAAAUUGAAGUUGUUCAGUCAGGCUGAAGCAAUAGCUACUGGAAGCCAACCUCACACAGCAGGGACUCUGCCGCUGUGUCUCAAAGGCUUGAAAUUAAGAUAUUCUAGUUGGUGAAUUGCUGAGCUGUAAUGGGAUACCAUACAGUGCUUUAAAUUUCCAGGGAAUAUCUACUACCAAAUUUCUGUCUUUGUGUUUUGUUUUGUGUUAUGGUUAGUGUCUCUUGUUGCUCAAAAUGACCUUGAACUCCAGAUUCUCCUGCCUCUGCCUUCUAAGUGCUGGCAUUACAGACACCUCCCUACCCCAGCCCUCUCCAUGCUCACCCUUUCCCAAAUCUCAAUAUGCAACUCUAGAACCAGCCUGAUUGACUAGAGGGGUCUCAAGCUGGCUUGUAAUUCUGAAGCUAUGACAGCAUUGUUAGGUCGCGUAGCCCACCCAGCCUUUUGUCUCCUAAACCUGGAUGUCUGCUGUGUGAUAACCUUGUUAGGAUGAGCACAGUUUGGGGUGUUCAAAAGAAUAAAUGUUCAUUUACUAAAGUGUCUUUUUAAAAUCACCACAAAAUAGUGAUUUCAAUAUGAAGAACUUAGGUGGAGGAAUCAAUGCCCCCUUUCUCUAAGGACUUUCUUCAUACCUCUCUGUUUACAUGCUCUCUGUCCAAACUGCUAGUGUUAUAGGGACAUAACUCAUUUCUCCUCACUGAUCAUGACUUUUAACAUUCCGAAGAAUCUAACUAUGUCUGAUUUAAAUAGGACAGAAUUUACCAUAUAUAAUAAAGUGUGCUUUCUGCCCCUUGCAUACCUUCUCUACCAUAACUUUGUUUCUCCUUAACUGUACCUUGAUUUCUAUGCUACCCAUUUUAGAAACUAAAAAGCCUAGUUCUACUCAGUUAUGUUAAACUUUCUGAAUGUACCCCAGUGGAUGUGAACUAAAUUAUACCAAUCACUCAUAGUUUAGUCAGCUUUUAAAAGAGCUGAUGAGUUUUGCCCAUCCAUGAGUGUUGCUAUUGCAUUUUUGUACAUGGCUGCAGAUUAUGUGCAUUUUUUCUGUAUUUAUGUUAACUAGCUGACUUGUACUUGAAUUAAAAUCAAACAAAUUAAAAGUGCUUUUGAAAAUGUGGUUUUUAAAGUAUAUAUCUUAAUAUUUUGUUAUGGUAAAGAUAAAAUCAUUGUACUAUAUGUAGAGUUAGGCAUUAGACUCAUUUAUUCAUACAGUGAACUCUCUAUCCAUUAGAUCUGAUAGUAUCUAUGGAUAUCAAAAGGUCAGGUAAUGUAACUCCUUCAUGGCUUGGUUAAAAAAAUAACUUUUUUGUGGUGUGAUAAGUAUGUUGAUAUUUGAGUCUAGUGCUUUUCACAUAUAAAAACAUCCAAUUUAUAGAGCAUUGAACAAUUAGAAUCUGAUUAGAUAUUAGAUUGAUGCACUCUGUCUAGGUUGUAACAUUUUUGCAUUAACUUUUUGUUAUAAUUGUAGAUUUCAGGAAAGUUAGUAUUUUCCAAACCAAAGGGCCCAUAGAAUAACCAGGUGAGCCCAUGCAUAUUUGUGGAUAGAGUAGAUAGGUGAUAAAGGCAGACAGGAUGGCUGAGCAGGUGAAGGUACUUGCUGCCCAGCCUGACUUCCUGGCUUACUUAGGUCCUUGAGAGUCGCAUGAUGGGAAGCAAAAGAAAAAAAAAAAUCCCUGCAAGUUGUCCUCUGACUUCUCCUCACACACUGUGGCACUCUUGCUCCAGCACACACACUAAAUAAUACUUCUUGUUUUAACUGAAUUGUGCUCCUAGUGUCAUGUUUUCCCUGAGUUCCCAUCAGCAGCAAGCACAACACGCUUUUUCACAGGCACGGAGGCCAGGUCAAAUUGAUCUUUGGGCUUGUAGCUGGUGUAUAAAGUUGAACAGUUUGUGCUGCUAGUGGUAUUCUUGGCACUGAAGACACACUGACAAAAUAAUAGUAGAUACUGAUAUGAUUUAGUUCAUGUCUCAUGUUAAGGGUGGAAGUGCUCAUGUCUUACUAAGGGUCAAGAGCUAUGGCAGGCAACUUGUAAAACUCAAGGCAUUUUCAUUAUGCACAUCUUCUUGGUUAAAUUUUUUCGCAAGGUGCUGUUGUGGAUGCAAUUGUUUUCUUUAUUGCCUCCUUAAGUAUGUUUCUUACAGGUGUGUAGAAAGGCUGCUAGGUUUUAAGUUAAGACCUCUAGUGCAAUUGAAUAAGAGACUAGAAAAUGGACACCUUUGAAAUCAUAUUAACAAAAAUACAGGUUUGUUGUGUAGCCUUGAUGAUGGUGAGAUGUAUUCUUUCUAUUGAGUGUCUUUAGGACUUUUAACAUGAAGGGGAUAACACGUAUCGAUAUAUGUAUAUUGAGCCAUCUCUGCAUAUCUGGACUAAAUAAACCCAGCUUGAUAAUUGCA